AUGACGACAGAAGGAAACAAAGACGAGCUGAAGCCGUUGGACGAUACGUGUCAACGAGUAAAUCCCAUAAUAAGUAUAUCAGAUCUAAACGAUUCCAAACAAGUUAAUGAAAAGAUAGCAAAAAGCGAUUCCAAACAAGUCAAUGAAAAGAUAGCAAAAAGCGAUACUCAUGGCAAUGGUAGUGAGUAUGAUUACUUUGGACCUACCAAGAGUGGUGGUCAUUUCAAUGGACAUGAGAAUUAUUCGUUUAUAACGUCAACUAUUCCCAAGGAACAUAAUGACAAUAAUGAUUUUAAGGAUACACCUUCUUGGCAAGCAUUCUCGAACCGUUCCAAGGCUCAAGACCUUUCUCAUUCCAAGACUCAAGACCUUUCUCAUUCCAAGACUCAAGACCUUUCUCAUUCCAAGACUCAAGACCUUUCUCAUUCCAAGACUCAAGACCUUUCUCAUUCCAAGACUCAAGACCUUUCUCAUUCCAAGACUCAAGACCUUUCUUAUUCCAAGGCUCAAGACCUUUCUUAUUCCAAAAGAGGGGGAUCGCUCUCAAAUUUAGAAAGCAAAUUUCUCUCGAGACCAUCAACCGGAAUCUUAUCGCAAUCACCAAUUAUUUCCAAGAAUCAUUCAGAAACAAAUAUCAUCAACUUAAAUUUCAACCAUAAGCAGCGGAAAUCUGCAUCUUCAUUAAGCUCAAGCUCAAACUCCACCACAACCACGCCACCCAAAAUAUCUAAAUCGAGUGAUAAUAUAAAAAACUUGGAUAUUGAUAGUCUCACACCCUCGAAUCCCAAAUUUCAACCUAUCACGCCUCCUGCUAUUCUUUCCCGAGAUGAGCCUAGUUUGAGCUUUUUCACCUUGGAUAAGAAACUGAUGAUGAUGAAAAGGAGAUCAAAAAAUAAUGAUCGAAAUAGCCCACUGGUUUCUGGAUCGGCUUUGAGUUCAGGUGUAAAUUUGAAUAAAAUUGGUAAAAAUGCGCUUCAUAAUGGUAGUAGUGAGCGACGGAAGUCAAAUUUUGGAGAUAUUAAUGGAGAAGGAGGAGGAUUAGGAUUAGGAGGAGGAUUAGGAUUAGGAGGAGGAGGAGGAUUAGGAUUAGGAGGAGGAGGAGGAUACGAAGAAGGAGUAGGGGGAGGAGAUAACAGAUACGAAGUAUUGCAUAAUCCCAAAUUUUUAAGGGACUUGAAACUUGGUGUUAAUAAUGGAUCUGAUUUUGGAGAUAUUGAAAUUGGGAAAAGCUAUUCUUCAUCGUUGAUAUCGAAAGUAAAUACUAAUACUAGCGCUUCUACUCAUUCCAGAAACGAGCUGAAGAAUAGAUUGGUUGAUCAGUUUUUCAAGCUGGGACCAGUACCUAUUGCUCCAUCCUCACCAGGAAAGAAUGGGGGUUUAACUGGCUAUUUGUCACUGAGUCAAGUGAAUUUCAAUAUAGGGGGACCAGUAACCCCAAAGGGGCCCGAUCGGAAGUUCAAGUGGCGUGUGCCUCCUUCUUCCACUACACAAGAAGAAAAUACCAGUAUUUGUGAUACUGGUGGCGGUGAAAGUGGCACUGGGGCUGUUGAAGAGCAGGAGAAACAACUAGUCGAAAAUGUUGGCGGAGGAGCGAAAGGAGGGAAAGGAGGCGGCGGUAGUAGUGGCGGAGAUAGUGAUGUCAAAAACCCGUCUUCAUUAUCUUUGCAAUCUAGUGAAGACAUUGUUUACUCUAUAUUGAACUGCGGAGGAUUCAAUUUCCAAUAUGAUGAAAGACAUAUUAUUGAAAAUGACAAGUUGGUGAAUUAUUUGUUGAAUAUAGACAAUAUUCUUGAAGAGUUGGAAAAGAAUGAUAAGGACAAGGAGCUAAAAGUAGGCAAUUUUUCUUCUGAUCCGUUAAUGCCAUUAGUCAAGAUAAUGACAACGAUAUCAAACAAGCUAACGCUAAAACAGAAGGCGAUACUAAAUUCCGAUUCUGUAGCAAUGACUCCGUCAUUAGUUCAGCUUGAUUUGAUUAUUUGCUAUUUAAACUUUUUAAAGAAUGAUAUCAACAAUCUUAAACACGAAUUAAGCAAUAAUCUAGCUCAAACACGAAUAUCCAACAAGGACGAAAUAACUGCGAGUCUAAAUCAAUUAGAUGAAAUAUCCAUCAAUUUGGAGAAACUUGAGAACAAAUCAAUUUUUUAUAAGGACAAAAUACAUGACUAUAAACAAUUGUUGAAUUUCGAUAUAAAUACCAAACUAGACUUGAUGGAAGAUAUUAAUAGCAAGAUUACCAAGCACAAAAAAUCAAAAAGGAAUCUGAAAAUUAUCAAGAUUAACGUGUUUAUUGUUACUAUUUUUGUUUUACUAUUUUGUAUUUGGUAUGCUUUUUAA